GCGGCAUGCGUAGGGGAAUAAACGUGUGUGCUUGCAGAUUCCAAUACGAAAUUGAUAGCAAAUUAAUUGUAACAAAAAUAUAGAUUUUAUCAAUGAAAAUGUGAGUUUUUUGUGAAGCACUUGUUAAUGCUUAUGGUCUUUCAACGGAUAUUCAUUGUAUAAGAUCUUCCAUGACCAUGGAGUGAAGAAAACAUGACGAUACUUUUGUACGACUACUACGAUUUGGAGGAGAAGUCUUCCAGUCAACUUAAUGUGUGGAAAGCAUGGCACAUAAUACUGUACGUUUGUGCAGCCGUCUUCGGCAUCACCAACUAUGUGUUCCUACAGAACACGAUGCAGUUGGUGGACGACAACUGCGUGUUAUUCCCGCGCAAACUGGAGUUCCACACGGUAGAACUGAAAGCUCAAAAUUUAAGUGAAAUACAUGACUUUAAGAAUGUAACUUACGAUGCUCAAGGUAACACGACCGUCCUCAACUCUGAUGAUAAUGGAAAAGUAAAAAGAGAAACAAAUGAUAAUGAAACUACAACUGAAGUUCCAACAUUGGAUGGCGAGACUUUCCUCACCGAAAAUAAAACGCAUCGCCUAGCGUUGGAUACGACGAGGACUUUGUUUGAAUCUAAUGGAGACUGUCAGUUUGCGGAGUUCAUGCCCUUGAUGUCCAUGAUAUUCGCUGCAGUGUGGAUCACUAUGUUCACCAUGUGUCCGAGGGGAGGACGAGCCAGGACUGGGCUCCAGCAACCAUGGAGGAUCCUCACUCCAGCGCUUCUGUUCGCGCUGGUGAUGGUAGGAGUUACUGGCCACAGUUUCGCUUUAACCAACAGAGGUAUGCACGCCUUUUGUGCAGCAUUCUACGAAGUCACUAAUUCUACUACUUGCUCAUCAGUAGAUCCAUUCUUGGAACUGGGGUGGAACUCUACGUGGGGGUUCGGUGCGCGGGUGGCAGCUACCCGAGGGGCAUGCGCAGGAGUGCUGGCCAGCUGGGCCUGCGCCGCUGCACUCCUCCUGGCACGGUGUCUUACUGCACAAGACUUUGUGUUACGACGCACUGAUGUCUACCUCGCUAAAGACCCACAGCAGAAAGUCAUCCCCCACCUAUUGAAGACUCAGAAAUAUCAUCAACGGUCUAACCAGAGCUCGCCGAGUAAACGUGACAACGCAUCGGUUCGGUCUGAGCCGACGGUGACCACGGAACUGGUGACAGCCUCCGUGGAGCAGGGCCAGGACACCGCCCCUACCUCACUCACAGUCACACCAGUCAGAUCACCACGCACCACCGAAGAAAUCGAGAUGACAUAUACGCCACAAGAACGCGCACACAAUCAAUAGAUUUACUUUGUGAUAGCACUGAGGCGGAAUAAAAAUGUUGAGAACUCAUACAAGCUGAAAAGCUACAGUGGCGCCAUUUUUGUUUAGGUAAAUUGCAUUUCAUCUCGUAGGUGGUACCAUAUUUUAUGUACAAUCUUUAUGCCUUUUAACUUACCUAUCUUUACUCCUUAUUACUGAUUUGCUUGAUAAUCUGCAACCCGCGACUGAUGUAGCACGGCUAAGUGUUCGACCAUUAGCUGCCGCCAUUGCUAAAUCAAGGUGAAUAUGACAAAUGUUUAGGUGCUUUUAAAUAGGUAUAUAAAAUUGUAUUUUAUAAUAUAAAAAACGAGCUAUAUACAGCUUCCUUUUGACAAACUUGACUUUAUAAAUAUUAUAAUUAUUAUGUGUAAGCUUAAGUACAAUUAAACGUAGAUUUACUGAAAA